AUGGUGAGUCGACAGCGAGUACAGAAGUUCGGCCCUUCGCACUAUCGCUAUGACAAAAAUACGCCGCUCGAAGACAUUCCUGACCUCAAGUCCAAGUACGGUGUAAUUCUUCUACCACAACCGUCUAACUCAGUUAACGACCCGUUCAAUUGGCCUCAGUGGAGGAAAGGCAUCCAUUUCUUUUUGUUGAUCCUUAUCACUGCAUUCACAUCGGCCAUAGCCAACGAUGCCUCGGCACCGCAAGGAUCCAUCAACACUCUCACCGGUAUAAGUUACGAUGCGCUUAACAACUCUGCCGGGCUAUUGUUUGUGUCGAUCGCGCUGUCAACAUGGUUGUAUGCACCUCUGGCAUCCCUGUGUGGCCGCAAAGUGACAUAUUUGUUGGGACUGCUAUUUGCGCUUGCCGGCUCAAUCUGGUAUGCCAAAAUACAGCACACAGGCGACGCAUUUGGAUCGCAGAUCCUUGUUGGGUUUGCCGAGGGAGCAACCGAGGCCCAGGUCCAGCUCAGUUUGAGCAGCAUUUUCUUUAGACACCAAUUGGGUGCCGUGGUGACAAUCUACAUCCUGGCCACUGCUUUUGGAACAUACUUGGGUCCACUUGCUGCCAACUUGAUUGCCAGAGACUCCGACUUCCGCUGGGUCGGAUGGUCGGGAGCCAUCACAAGUGGCAUCCUGCUGUUGAUUAUCACGUUUGUGCUCGAGGAAGACUACUUCGAUUACACUAGAUUCGCAUACCACUCUCAAAACCUCACUCUUAACCAAAGUUUGCAAACUUUGGGAAUCACCAGCAACGACAUGGACGACGAUUUCGGCUACCACGACACACAGCUUUCAAUCCCACAACGCAGGAUGUUUUUUCCAGCGCUUAAGAACUACUCCGUUCUGGGGUUUCUCAAAAAAUACGUCCAGUUGCUUAUCUCCAACAUCAACUGUCUGUGGUUUCCACCGGUUUUAUUUGCUGGACUCAUUUGGGGCUUCCAAGAUGCCAUUUUGACGUUCUACCUUACAACCCAGGACACAGCAUUAUACUCAGACCCGUUCAAUUACUCAGACACCAGAGUUGCACUGAUGAACGUGCCGUGUCUGAUCGGCUCGUUUAUCGGUUGCAUCUACGCCGGAUCCUUGACCGAUUACUUCGUUCUCUGGGUGGCCAGAAAAAACAACGGUAUCGUGGAGUCUGAGUUCCGGCUCUUUUUCGCGUUCUUGUCGGGGAUCAUCGGCUCUGUCGGACUGCUGAUGUUUGGUUUCGGCGUGGCAAGAGAUCUGGACUGGCGCAUCAUCUACGUUGGACUUGGAAUGAUCUCGUAUCUGUACUCGUCUGCCGGCAACCUGGCCAUGCUGUACGUGAUAGGAACUUACGACCAACUAAUUCUUGAGACUCUGGUGGCCGUCGAGGUCAUCAACAACCUCAUUGGAUGCAUCUUCACCUUUGCCUGCUCGCCGUGGCUUGAUCGGUCAGGAACAGAAAACACAUACAUUGCUCUGGCGGUGCUGAACAUAUUUUUCAUGUUCCUGAGUCUGCCGCUGCUCAAAUGGGGCAAGUCCUGGCGUCUAGCUACCAAAAAAUCGUACGUCAAAAUGGUGGACGCCAGAUCAAAACACUAG